GGCCCAAUGAGAAGCGAAAUAGUCCAUCUAAUAUCAAUGAAAUGCCUCUUUCGGUCUGUAACAUUUUGUUAUGCUGCGCAGCGGGGAAGUUGGAGCGCAUCCUGCUCUCAGGCUAGAUAACACUCGCACUUCCCACUGCUGAAUGAGAAAGGUGGGAAAUCAAGUGGUGAGAAGACAAAAAGGACACACAGCUCCUCUACAGUGGACACGGGGCCUUUUUUUCACCUGGCACAUUUCUUAAUGGAACAAAUGUCAAUUCCUUGGGAGCGGCCAAGCAGGGCAUGGCUUUAAGCAGACUCCUGCUGCUCUGUGUGGUUGCCUCGAAGGUCUGGGACGCUGAGACCAAACCCAUAGAAUUUGUGUGUAAUAAGAGCGCCAGGAGGGCUUUGAAUAUUGUGGCUGAGAUGGAGAGUGCGCUGAGUGACUGUAAUGGCUCCGCAAACCUCUCCACACCGGUUCAGCUACCAUGUACUGAGCUUCACGUGGCAUCUUGGGAAAACAAAUCACACCAGGACAAGAGAGGAGACAUAGUUGCAUCCUUGAGGCUUCUUCUUGAAGGUGUGAAUGUUGUGAAGGCCCAAUGCCAGCCAGGCUGUGCCGCUUCGCUUCUGCAGAGACUGAAGAACAACAUCAACAACUACCUGCUCAUUCUCACACACCUUCAGCUGAGUGUACGCAGCGGUCACGGGGCCAACGAUGAGUCCAGCACUGUCUUGUGUUCCUCGAAGCACCCACAGUCUGAACACAAUCCUGUCGAACUACAACAGGUUGAUCUCAGGCAAACUGGAGCGGUUCAUGGUUAACCUUAGUGACAGAUGCAUUUCCAAGUGACACAAGAACAACUUCAGGGGACAGUCCGUCACAAACUGGGGGAUGAGUUUAAAAUGGAGCUCCAAUGCAAUAAAAGAGGAAUGAAAAUCCACCAGAGUUAAACCGUUGGAGUGUUCUGGACUCUCUCCUCAGCUUGUUACGUUUCUCAAAUUUCUAACUUGUGAAAAUGUUUUUAUAGUGUGAUGUGUAGACUCUUUGAGAGUAAAAAGAAAAGAUGCACACUUCUUUGUGUUUUGAAUUGAAUGUAUUAAGAGGAACUACAGCUGGAGAAGUAGCGGGAAAGAAAACAGCGAAGAGUCUGCAAUGUUGAGCAUCAUAGACAAAUGAAUGUAUGACAGGAAGGCAAUUUUGGGGAUUAUUCUACAUAAAAUUAGGGAGGCUUUAAAUUGAGUUGAAGGCCCAUAGAACCAAUACAAACCUACAAUCUGCCAAAAGGCAGGUAUCUUUUAUUUGUAAUACUUUGUAGCCUACAGAAGAUACUUACUGAAGAAUAUAGUAGACUGGAAAAGUGUUACUAUGUAUGAAAUUAGUGAGCAAAUUAAGUUAAUUAUCAAUGCUCUUUUACAUCCUAUCUCUGUUUACAUUUUUUUUUCCCACCUUUGCUGUAGAUGUAUAGAUGCUUCUUUUUUUAUUCAGGAAAUCUUUCUUGGGAAUCUUUGUGUAUUUCUGUAUAGCUAUCCAGUCGUUUUUACUACAAUAUAUAUGGAUGUGAAUGCUGUUUAUGUUACAAACCUUUGCAUUAUAAUAAUCAAUAAACUCUGAUUUCUAACAGG